AGUCCGUGCGAAGGUGUGUGAGUAGGAGUGUGUGGGAGGCUGUGAGUAUCCGCGUGAAUGUGUGUGUAAACUGCCAUGCGUGGGCGUGUGCGAGUCCAGGUGUGCAUGUGGUUGUGUGCACGCGAGAGCAGGAUAUGUGGACGAGUGAGGGCGGGUGAGUGACGGUGCGUGCCCCGGGCCCCUCCUCCGCGCCGUCCCGUCCCCGCGGGGUCCCGGGGGCCCCCUGGCCUGGGACUACCACUCCCAGCAUGGCCCGGGCGGGCCCGCCCCGUCGCCGCGAUUGGCCGUGGCCCUCGUGCUCCCGCCCCCCGGGAAUGAAUGGAUGGGCGGCCUCAGCGCCCGCCCGACCGCUGGGAGGACCGACCCGGCGGGGACCUGCUGGGGGCAGGACCCGGGGAGCAAGAUGGCCACUGUCAUCCCUGGCCCCCUGAGGUGGUGCGGGCCGGCGGGAGGCGGAGAGGAAGCGCGGGCGGGUCUACGCGGGCCUGUCCUAGGCGAGGACUUCUACCGCGAGGCCAUCGAGCACUGCCGCAGUUACAACGCGCGCCUGUGCGCCGAGCGCAGCCUGCGACUGCCCUUCCUCGACUCGCAGACCGGCGUGGCCCAGAACAACUGCUACAUCUGGAUGGAGAAGACCCACCGCGGGCCGGGUUUGGCCCCGGGACAGAUUUACACGUACCCCGCCCGCUGUUGGAGGAAGAAACGGAGACUCAACAUCCUGGAGGACCCCAGACUCAGGCCCUGCGAGUACAAGAUCGACUGUGAAGCACCCCUGAAGAAGGAGGGUGGCCUCCCGGAAGGGCCGGUCCUCGAGGCUCUACUGUGUGCAGAGACGGGGGAGAAGAAGAUUGAGCUGAAGGAGGAGGAGACCAUUAUGGACUGUCAGAAACAGCAGUUGCUGGAGUUUCCGCAUGAUCUCGAGGUGGAAGACUUGGAGGAUGACAUUCCCAGGAGGAAGAACAGGGCCAAAGGAAAGGCAUAUGGCAUCGGGGGUCUCCGGAAACGCCAGGACACCGCUUCCCUGGAGGACCGAGACAAGCCGUAUGUCUGUGAUAUCUGUGGGAAACGGUAUAAGAACCGGCCGGGGCUCAGCUACCACUACACCCACACCCACCUGGCCGAGGAGGAGGGGGAGGAGAACGCCGAACGCCACGCCCUGCCCUUCCACCGGAAAAACAACCAUAAACAGUUUUACAAAGAAUUGGCCUGGGUCCCUGAGGCACAAAGGAAACACACAGCCAAGAAGGCGCCCGACGGCACUGUCAUCCCCAACGGCUACUGUGACUUCUGCCUGGGGGGCUCCAAGAAGACGGGGUGUCCCGAGGACCUCAUCUCCUGUGCAGACUGUGGGCGAUCAGGACACCCCUCGUGUUUACAAUUCACGGUGAACAUGACGGCAGCCGUGCGGACCUACCGCUGGCAGUGCAUCGAGUGCAAAUCCUGCAGCCUGUGCGGAACCUCCGAGAACGACGGUGCCAGCUGGGCGGGUCUCACCCCCCAGGACCAGCUGCUGUUUUGUGAUGACUGCGAUCGGGGUUACCACAUGUACUGCCUGAGUCCCCCCAUGGCGGAGCCCCCGGAAGGGAGCUGGAGCUGUCACCUCUGUCUCCGGCACCUGAAGGAAAAGGCUUCUGCUUACAUCACCCUCACCUAGGCCGGCUCGGCUCGCCGCGACUCUGGGGUGGUGCUCGCCUACCUGCCUCUCCGAGCUCCUCAAUUCUCCCCCACCCUGAACGUCCCGCAGGGGGAGGGGGAGAGGGGGAAGCCGAGAGGGGGCUGGGCCACCCCCUCCCCUCUGUGCAAGUGGAAUGUCUGCCCUGUGGGUGGGUGGGCCCGGCCAGGGCCUCUCCCUCCCUUCCUCCCUCUCUGUCCCUUGGCAAAUGGACACCAGGGGCUUCUCCCCUCAAAGCCAUACCCCGCCUCUGGGCGGGCAUGGGGGGUGGUGGGUGCCAGCCAGGGGCAUGGACAGAGCCUUUUUCUAAAGAAAAAGACAAAAAGUUAAAAAAAAAAAAAAAGAAGAAAAGAAAAGAAGUUAAUAUAUACAAAGAGUCCUCCAAGGCCUGGCUGGGUGGAGGGGCGCUGCUGAGAGUGUCCACUGGGCACCCGCCUCUGCCGGCCACCCGCCGGGCGCCCCAACCCCAAUUUCUGGAGCUGCAGCCGUCCCGCGCCCCACCCAAGGUGGGCGUCUUCCCCUCUUGUGCCCAGGGCGGUGGGCGUGGUGUCCACCCGCCCCUCCCGGUGCCCACGGUGGAUACUGCAUGAUGUGAACCUUGGUUUUGAACUCUGUUCCUGCCCCUCCCCGACCGCCCCGGCCUGUGCCCGCCCCGUGCCUGCCGUGGCUGGUGGGUGGCGGUGGUGGGGCCGGGUGGGCCCCCGCCCAGCGCCUGCUGGAAUGAGAAGCACAGACUCCGCCACGGACUCCUUUUCCCUCCCUCCUCCCGCCCCGCCAGGCCUGGCGGCCCCCGCCCCCCUCGCUGGCCAUUUUGGGGGAGUGAGGGGGCGUGGUUGUUUCUUGUGGUUGUGUGUGUUUGUUGUUCGGGUUUUAAAAAAGGGAAACUGAGACUGCAGGUGGGGGAGGUGGUGGGUUUUGGGGGGAUGUCCCCCAAUCCAGGAGUGCCCCCUCACUUGUCACCGAGUCUCCUCUAUUGCCUGCCUCUGCUGUGAAUUAACUUGUUCUGUGUAUUAAACUGGGCCUGACCCCUCUGCCCACGA